GAGAGAGAGGGAGGGAGGGAGAGAGAGAGUUAAUAGAUAUAAAGGGAGGGGAAGAGUUAAGUGUCACGAGCAAUACUGAUCAACCAUGGAGAGCUGAAGGGAACGGGAGGACACAUUUAACACGGCUCUGGGACUGAGAGCUACAAGAGGCAGUGAACAGGGCGAAACGUAAAGAAUACAAGCUGAUGGUCACCGCAGCCCGGUGGGAAAGUUUACACACUGCCAGAAGGGUGUGAUUUCUCCAAGCCAGAACAUGCAUCUUUAAGUGCAAACUUAAAACAUCACUUUAGUUCCUUUUUUUGUUGUUGUUGGUGCUGAAAUUUAAUUCUUCGGCCCGGAUUGCUGUUAUUUGGAGAUUUCUCUCCUCCCUUCCAACGCAAGCGGGAGGCUCAGAGAGAGAGGGGCAGGAGAACGAGGGCGAAGUUUGCCAACGCAGUGGACUAAUCCGAAGGACAUACUUUCUGCUCAAUUCCCCACCGAGUAACACAAACCUUGCCUUUGAAGAACGUCCCUCAAGAGGUUAAGUGUCGGCGUUGGCUGUGAGACUAGAUCGAGCCCGGCUGGUAUUUUUAUUUUUUUUUGAGAAUAAUAUCAUCGUGAUGACUGGACUAAUGCAUGACAUCAGCUAACCACCAGUGGUUUCCGAAGUGAUCAUCUUCCGAGUGCCUUCAACAAGUUUCUAUACUGCCCCAGACUGACAUAGCACGCACUAUGCUACUGAAAGAAUACAGGAUCUGCAUGCCCCUCACCGUGGAUGAGUACAGGAUAGGACAGCUGUACACCAUCAGCAAGCACAGCCACGAGCAGAGCGACAAGGGUGAGGGGGUGGAAGUGGUUAAGAAUGAACCACAUGAAGAUCCCGUGCAUGGAAAAGGCCAGUUCACGGAGAAGAGGGUCCACCUGUCCAGCAAACUCCCCAGCUGGGCCAGGGCAGUAGUACCUCGAAUAUUUUAUAUAACGGAGAAGGCCUGGAAUUACUAUCCUUACACGAUCACAGAAUACACAUGCUCCUUUUUGCCAAAAUUCUCCAUUUACAUUGAGACAAAAUAUGAAGACAACAAUGGAUCCAAUGAUAACAUUUUUGACUCUGACAAAAACCACAUGGACCACGAGGUGUGUUUUCUAGACAUCGCCUACGAUGAAAUCCCAGACCGUUACUACAAGAGUUCAGAGGACCUCAGGUAUUUUGCUUCAGUGAAGACAGGCCGAGGUCCCCUGAAGGAAGGUUGGAGGGACGAGCCCUCGCCUGUAAUGUGCUCCUAUAAACUCGUCACCGUCAAAUUUGAAGUUUGGGGGCUUCAGACAAGAGUGGAGCAGUUUGUGCAGAAGGUCAUUAGGGAUAUUCUAUUAAUAGGGCAUCGACAAGCUUUCGCUUGGGUGGAUGAGUGGUGUGAUAUGACGAUGGAUGAAGUGCGCGAAUACGAGAAACAAACUCAGGAAGCGACGAACGAGAAGAUCGGGAUCAUGGCUCCCACCAUCUCCAUCAGCGAAGCCGGCCAACCCGCGGCCACUCGCAGCGCCCCAGCCAGUGCCCCAACCACACCGCUCAGCGGCGAGCCACCAGACUUCCUCAGCCUGCCAAAGGACAGACCCCGGAAGAAAUCGGCCCCGGAAAUGCUGACCCUACCUGAACUCCGGGAUCGCUCAGCAAAAAAGUAGAGCCCGCUCCGUCUGCCAUGGGAGGCAGCAUUCCCUCUGACAUUUCAGCCCUUGAAUUUAUCUAAUGCUACUUAUCUGAAAACAACAACAAAAAAGCCAUCUGUUGAGGGAUUCUUUAAAGCGUUAGCCUGUAAAGAUUCUGUGCAUUGAUCUUUACACCAGCAAGCUUUGCAUUAUAACUAACUGGCCAUGAGAUUAGCGUUCUUAAUUUGUAAUUAUGGACUGGGACGAGGCUAUGUUUCAAACAGUAUUGCUGUAUUUUACUACACUUUCUUUAUCAUUCCUUAUUAGGACUUUUAGGCUGACUCAGGACUUAGUCUUAGCAUGACUGAUAGCGUGCACUUCUGUAACAUAUUUGCAAAGGGUUUAAAUCUAAAUGUCAUUGCUAAAAUGGGAGAAGAGGAGUGGUGAACGAAAGUCAAACAGGUUCCAUUGGCUUGCAAGCGUAAAUCAGAAGAGAUAAGGACUACUUUAAAAGGGAUUAGUAGCAUCGCAUGACAACAGUUUGCAAGUGUCUCCAGUUCGCUCCAGUUUGCAGUGAUUAUUUUCUUUUUCUAAAUUGGGCACUGAAUGUUUUUGAAAGUAUUUGCAGUGAAGCUAUGACAUUGCUGAAACUUCCAUAAAGUCUCCUCUCUUUUUGGUAUACAUUCUCGCUCCUCCGUGUCUGAAGGAAGGUCUUGACCCAAAACGUCAUUUAUUAAUGUUCUCCAGAGAUGCUGCCUGACCUGCUGAGUUACCCCAGAACUUUGUUGUAUCCUCUCCCCUCUACAGGUCUUUACAACAAGUCUGAACAGCUGAGGAGAUUUAUCUGACAACUUCUCUUUCAUAAAUGUAUAAAUCAUAGGAAGAGAAUUGGGCCAUUUGGCACAUCGAGUCUACUCCGCCAUUCAAUCUCUCUUUCCCUCUCAACCCCUUUACUUUCUUCCACCUCCCAAUACCCUACCGUGUAUAUAUAUAUAUAUAUAUACUUACCCAUGUUAAUCCUUGUUCCAUUUUAUAGCUGUGUUCAAAUAUAAACUUGUUCAUUCAUUGUAGUAAUCCAGCUUUUUCAUGGGCCUCCAGAACUGUGUAGAAUAUAAGUGUUUUCUAAAUCUAAAUUAGGCAUCUACCAACAAAAAACAAAUUCCCCACAUAUCACACACUAUUGGGGUUCCUCCAUCGAGGAUAGACACAGUAACUCAGUGGGACAAGCAGCAUCUCUGGAGAGAAGGUUAUACAUGUUGUUUCCUCCACCAAAGGAUGUAUAUGUAGUUCCCAGGAUGAUCUCCAGUAGCUCACUAAGAAAACAGCAAUUGCACCUUCCAAGGUAGAUGCUGGAGAAACUCAGCGGGUGAGGCAGCAUCUAUGGAGCGAAGGAAAUAGGCAACGUUUCGGGUCGAAACCCUUCUUCAGAUUGCACCGUCCAAAUUCUGUGACCUCUGCCAACUAGGGUAAGGACCCCAAAGGCGCAUGUGAAGACCAUCUCCUCCAUUUUCCCUUCCAGGUCACACACCGUCCAUCUUCAGACAUACAUCAUUCCUUCAUCGUUACUGGGUCUGAUCCCUCUAUCUGAAGAAGGUUCCCGAUCCGAAACAUCAUCCAUCCUUUUCCUCCAGAGAUGCUGCUUGACCCACUGAGUUACUCCAACUGGUAUAAACCAGCAUCUGCGGUUCUUUGUUCCCACAAAACCAUUCUGCGGGCUUACCUUUACAAUGCAGUAGUUCAAGAAGACUACUCGCCUCAACCUUCUCAAGAGAUUGGUUUUAAUGUAAACGUCUUUAAGUAAUCUGAUCGCAUCAUCUUUUCACAAUUGUACAAUGCAUAUGGUCUGUUCAACAGGGAUUCUUUAUGGCAAAGGACAUUUUAAUCUUUCCCACCCUUAAAGAGCAGUUGGCCACCAUGUUUCAUCGUGAGUUCUUCUUGCUAUGUUGCAAACUGAAUAAUUUGAAGAUUU